AUCCUCGCCUCCCGGAUUUGUGUGGGCGUCUCUAGUAGUGAGCCGAGGAAAGUCUUUGGCGCUGAGUCACAGAGAGGCCAGCGCGGAUCAAUCGCUGCUUUCACAUCCUAGGAGGAAGGGCGCAGCGGAGGAGACACGAGCGAUGCUGGUCUUGGAAGCGCUUCUCCCGUGGCUCUUCUUUCCCCCGCUGCUUCGGACGGCCUGGGGGGAGCCACUCCCAGCCACUGUGUGCCCUGGAGGCAAAUCCUGGAGUCCGGAUCUGGAGAAGUGCAUGGAUUGCUCCGUGUGCCAGCGCCAGAACAAGAAUGACUAUUGCUCCACAUGUAGAGACCCUCAAACUCCUGAUGCAUUCAAUAUGUGGCUUCUGGUGGGAGUACCGUUGGGGGCCAUUGUUCUGAUUGUGGUCAUUGGUGGCAUCAUCACCUAUGCCCGCUGCCGGCGACGAGAAAAGUUCACCACCCCCAUCGAAGAGACUGGAGGACAUUCAGCUCAAGAAUCGCUGAUACACUGAAGAUCUUUCCGCCAACAUUUCAGAUGAAUGAAAGAAACAGAGAGAAGGCGAAUUCAACCUUUGAUUACCUCUGACAUUUCCUGAAGAUGCCGAAAAGACGUCUUCCUCUGCCCUGGUGGAAUCCUGGGGCAUUACACUUUUGCACAUACAUCCUUUUGGGGUGGGGUAGUCUUUUGCCUUUAUAUACAUUUCAGGAAGAAGCAUUGGUGGUCCCUUUUGUAAAAGCACAUCAACCUCCCCCUAAAAUGUUUGCAGUGUUAGGGGAGGGACAAAAGGGGCCUCUUUAAUUCCCAGGGUCUAAUGCCCCAUAUUGGGGUAAUUUUAUUGUUCAUGCUGGGAUACAGCUGUGAGGGACCUUGCAGCUCCCAGAUCUUCCCAACUUGGGGGCAGAAAGCUGACGGUGGCGGACAUUCUGUGUACGUUUCAACGUUGCGUGCAUGCAGAGGUGCAAGAGCGCUAUUGCUUAGAUUCCAUGCAUGUCACGCAAACCCAGCUGCACAAUGGUAGGUCACGGUUUGGUGGCCUCCCAUGGCCCCAACUGCGUUUGCUCAGCUAGGUGCACGCAGCAUUAAAAAGCAGGUGGAACACCGUGCAGUAUGUCAGCCAGUGUCUACUGCCGGGUUUCUCAAACCUGAGUCCCUAGAUGUUGUCAGACUACAACUCCCAUCAUCCCCUGUGUUGUGGCGGGGGGGUGGGGGUUGUAGUCCAGCAAUAUCUGGGGCCCCAGGUGUGAGAACUCCUGAUCUACUGUGUUGUUUCCCUCUGCGGAGCAACUUAGGGCAAAUAUGAAUGUGACUUUUUGAUUAUCUGUAUAUAGAGAAGUGUAUUGGGUGCUAAGGCUCUCCUGGAGAGGAGCGGGGUCUAGUUUCAACAUAGCCUCUCUUGCAGCCGCCUCUGACAGUGGCUGGGCCACUAUGUGAAACAUGCAAGUAGCCGCCAUUUUAAGUAGAAUCCACACGAAUGUUGGCUCUUCCCUCCUUCCAGUCCCCUGCCCUUGAUGCUCCUGCAGAGAGACUGCUAUUUAUAUCAUCUGCUCUAACAGAUAACUUUAACUUUAUGGAUGUCAUUUUAGGAGUGAAAAAAUAAAUUAAAAGGCUUCUCACUUCA